UAGGGACGAGAUCUAAGAAAAUAGCUGUAUUUUUCUUAUUAGGUAAGAACAACGUGGGAUAGAAAAUGACACGCUGCCACACACCAGUUCUUGUGUUGACUGCAGUUCUGGUGAUAGCGCUGGUAACCUGCUUACGCCCUGCGGACGAUGUUGGCGAUGUUGGGAACACGAUAGACAAACUGAAUCGUCAUCGACGACAGAUAUUGGUCCGAACCUUUAAUAACACCGAAGCUGGUAACACUGUGUACUUGGGUAGCGCCUCCCUUUCCGUGGAGGAAUAUGGAAGCUAUGAAGACCUGUACCCAUGGCUCCUGAGUCAACAGCUGAAUAACCAAACCAAUUUAGGUCCAACAACAACAACCCAGCCUCCGACAACAACAUCUGGGGGUCGUGACCUCACCCAGGCCUGCACGUGCAUCGGAGGACGCUGUGUGACCUUCCAGGAGAUUUUUGACUUGUGUCUGUCCACCGUUAGAAACUCUGACACAUGUCUGGCAAACUUAGACCUUCUCUGCGAAAACGUUAAGACCCAGAGCGCAGGCUAAUCUGAAACAAAACAAAAACAUAAUUUAAUAAAUGCAACACGAAAUUCAUCAAAUAUGCUGCCCUUUCCUUAAUACGCGGAAAAAGUUAAAACUCCCAAGUUACAAAAAAUCCUUAUUAAACCGCUUCCUACAGAAAUAUAAAUUUAAAACAAGUUUAUUGUAGUCAUGGUAAUAUUUGUUUCUGAUGUC